CGUCUAAGAACGUCUCUGACUGGUGGCUGUCUCACUGGAUCUCAGAGCUGAAAAACAACGGAUCCAACAGAACAAACGGUUCCUCCUCAGGUGCCUUCAGCUCACCUCACCUGCUCCUCUUCUCACCUGCAGGGUUAAUGUCUCCUCUGUCCUCAGUGCAAACAUUCACUUCAGGGAACCUGAGCUCUGAUGUCCAGUUUUACCUGACGGUGUACGGCUCCUUAGCUGUGGCCAACACCGUCUUCACCGCCCUCCGAUCCUUCCUCUUUGCCUACGGAGCCAUCUGCGCCGCCACCACCAUCCACAACAGACUCCUGGACCGGGUCCUUAAGGCCACUGUGACCUUCUUCGACACGACCCCGAUGGGUCGCAUCCUCAACCGUUUCUCCUCGGACCUUUACACCGUGGACGACAGCCUGCCGUUCAUCCUGAAUAUCCUGCUGGCCAACGUGUUCGGCCUGCUGGGCAUGCUGGUGGUGAUCAGCUGCGGCCUCCCCUGGGUCCUGGUGCUGCUGCUGCCGCUGGCGCUGGUCUACCACCGCACGCAGCAGUUCUACCGACACACGUCUCGAGAGCUGAAGCGCCUGUGCAGCAUCACGCUGUCGCCCGUCUACUCGCACUUCUCUGAGACGCUGACGGGGCUCGGGACCAUCCGGGCCAGCGGCGCCUCUGCCAG